AUGAGGCAAAAUGGCAGCAGCUUCAAUUCAGCUUUACACCAUCCAACUUUUCAGCAGCUGACAUGGGAGGGCCGCAAGCUGCACCUCAGCGAGGAGACCUGCCACAGCCCGCCGCCCACGCGUGGCGCCAAGGGAACUUCUCCAUCGGACGGUCGCUUUUGCAACGCCUACGACGAGGAGAGCUACGGUGACCGCAAGUGCAAGUGUAUCGGCGUGGAACACCUGAAGGGCCAAGUGGCCGUCGAAGUGGCGGGAGAGACGGCGACGUACCCGGCGGACGUGGGUAGCCGCUGUGCGGCCUGGGAUGCUGAGCCGCUCAGCCUCUGUGCACGGGAGGAUGCGCCGUCCUGGUGCCAGAAGAGCUGGUGCUACGUGGACCCCUGCGCCUGCGCGAUCGCGGAGCCGCCCAAGGUCUCGACCUACUUCCCGAGUGCCAGCUAUCGGAAAAGGCCGCUCUACUACUCCUACGAGACCUGUGGGGCGCAGGAUAGCUUCACGCCGGACUCGUCCAAGGCAUGUGUCAACCAGGAGACCGAGGCGCGGUGUUUGAGCCUGGGCGCCGACCCGGAGGACCCCGAGCUGCGGAAGUGCGCCUGGGGCGGCCCCGAGAUCAAAUGCCUGGGGAAGGAGUUGUUGCACAUGUGCCAAGUGGAUGAAGAGACCCUCUCGCACUGGUCGUGGUGGUCCUUCAGCUAUGGCGAUGUCGGAAGUCAGCAGCUGCUGGGCGCCGUCGUGACGAGUGCCGUCUACGUGGUCAUCUUAUGCCUCUUCAUAGCGGUGCUCCGCGGCUUCUACUAA